UAUGUAGUGAUGGAUAUUUCAGCAUAGAACAUGGAUGAAAUUAAAGCAACCAUCUUUUAGCAGUUAGAUUCCAAAUGUUCUACAGUUUGGUUCAGUUCCUAAUUUUCUGGAACUGUAGUCCGUAGGUUCCCUUCUGCUUCUCGCUUCAAUACAUCAUCUGGCAAACCAGUCUGUUGACACUCCUACAAUCAUAGACUACAUUUGAGUGUUAUUUGAUCGGGUUGGCAUGGCUCAUCACGCACUAAUUUUUCCUUUCAGCCUUGGAUAUGCUAGAGUUAAGAUACUAAGUUCCCUGCAUUGCACAAGUGAAGGCCCCUGUGUCAAAAUUAAGAUGGAUUGCGACAAACAGGAGAAAAUUGAUAAAGCUUAUUUGCUUGAAGGAGGUGGAAUCCGAAGGUUAUCUGUUUUUGGAAAAUAUUCUGAUUUGGACAUGCUGUUAUGGAUAAAAGGACUUGCCUUAGAUCCUUGUUCUUCGGGGGCAUCACCGAGUUCAGUCCGAUCAUUGUGGAAUCAAAACAUUAAAGUGCGAAAAGUUAUGGCUUUGAGUGUUACUGAAUGUCCUCGGAGAAAGCGGAAACUGCAGCAGUUUAUAAAAGACAAUUUUGCGGCUGCACGUCGAUUGAAUUUAGAAAUUUCUGAUCAGCAUAGUGUUGGAAAUGCGAAUAAAAGAAAAUGCUUGCUUGGUUCAGUUGACACAGGUGAAAGUUUUCACCUCUCGAAAUCGCAGAGUUCACAGAGUCUGGUGACAUCUGAGGAUACUUUUUCAGGUAAGCAGGUACCCACAGAAUUCUCCCAACUGGAUGAUAGAAUAGACAGGGGUCCAUCCAAAAGUAAUGUAUGUCCUGCACUUGAAUCUGAAGAAUCGGACAAUGGUUCAAUCCUCCAUGAUCCACCCUCAUUUGAUUGGGAUGAUGACUCAAUUAACAGUUCAAACUACUCAAGUUGUGAGGUGGGAAAAGGAUUGUAUCUUCAGGAACGUCGACGGUCAAUCAGGUUAAGGAACUUCAUUGGUGAUCAUCUCCAAAGAAUGGCUAUCCCAGUUGGGCCGGGCUUCCAGGCCAAUGUUCCAGAGUGGAACGGCCCCCCUAACAAGGAGAGUUUCAACUUUCAAGUUUCUGACUCGAAAACUUCAAGGUGGUUGGGCACCAGAAUUUGGCCUCCGAAAUGCCGAACUAAGAAAAUCAAUGAUAGAGCAGUUGGGAAAGGGAGACCAAACUCCUGCCCAUGUGUUUCUCCUGGGUCUAUCGAUUGCACGAAACGCCACAUUAUUGAGGAAAGGCUCCGUUUGCAAUCUGAUCUCGGCGCGGCGUUCUUGAGCUGGAAGUUCGAUGAGAUGGGAGAAGACGUUUCCAAGUCAUGGACAUUAAAGGAACAAGAAAGGUUUGAGUUGCUUGCAAAAACGUAUCCACUAUCCCAGGGAAAGGAUUUCUUGAAACAUGCUUUGAAGUACUUUCCUUUGAAGGGAAAAGAGAGCAUUUUGAGCUUUUACUUCAAUGUGUUUAUCCCUAGACGUAUGAGCCUGCAAACUAGGUCACCCUAGCAAGUCAACAUUGAUACAUUACGAUGAUUUUUAGGUAGAACAGAAAAACUUCAACAUGGGAUUCUUUCCAUUGCAAUGGGUGGAUUCAUUAGGGUUUUUUUUUUUCAGUUUAGCAAGAUUUCUGUAGCCUUCAAGCAGGAGAAAGCUAGGUGAACCAUAGAAGUGUUACGCGUUUUUCUGUGUAUGUUACACAUUCUUUUUCUGUAUGCUACGUGUUUUCUGAUUAGUAGUUAUGCAAUGGUAUACCUUGGAAUUAUGCUUA